AUGACAGGUGGAGACUUACAUAGGUCUACAAAGACUAGAUUUGCAACUCAGUAUUACACACUAGAAAGUCUUCAAAAGUAUAAAAAUCCUUUACAAAUGAUGUUUGUGAAUGAUAGGUGGGCAAAAAGUAGAUUUGAAAAAGAAAAUGUUGGAAUUAAUGCCCUUAAAAUUGUUACAAGUAGUACAUUUUGGGAAGAUGUUGAUUACUCUUGUAGUGUGUUGAAGCCUUUAGUUAAGGUUGUAAGACUAGUGGAUAUCAAGCGCAAACCUACGAUGCCUUGUUUUUAUGAUGCAAUGAGAAUAGCAAGGGAUCAAUUAGAGAAGAAUUUCAGCAAAGAUUAUGAUACUUGGGCUGUAAUUAAUGCUUGCUUUGAGAAAAGAUGGAAGAAAAACUUCAAUCAUGCUCUACAUUGUGCUACAUAUUAUUUGAAUCCAUCCAUAUUCUACAAUAUUGAAACUUAUGAAAUGGAUAGUAAUGAAAAGUACAUAGAAAUCAAAAGGGGACUUCAUACAGCAAUGGAAAGGCUUAUACCCAAUGAAGAUGAGCUUGAUCAAGCUACAAGUGAAUUGAGAAAGUAUGCUGAUGCUGUUGGGAUCUUGGGAAGUCCAUCUUGCAAAAGAAGAAGAACCAAGGAUCAACCUCAUGAUUGGUGGAUUACAUUUGGAGGAAUCGAUGUGCCUAACCUGCAAAAAUUUGCAAUCAAAGUAUUGAGUCUUACUUGUUCUGCUUCCCCAUGUGAGCGAAACUGGAGCACAUUUCAAAAUUUGCACUCGAAAAAACGAAAUCACAUAAAAAAACAGAAGUUGAAUGAUAGUGUCUUUAUCCAAUAUAAUAAGAAAUUGCAGCGUCGUUACAUAGAAAUCCAACAAUAUAACGACGAUGAUAAAGCAAAUGAUCCUAUUUUACUGGAGGAGCGUGAUGACAAUGAUGAAUGGUUGGAUUUACGAAAUUUGAAUGACUUGGAUGUGCUAGGUGAUAAUGUAAGUUUCAAUGAUUUGCAAGAGACAGCGGGUGAAGAAUGUGAGACAGUUGGUAGUGGAGGUGCUUCUAGUUCUCGAAGCAAGUCUACUUUUCCAACCGACUCGGAGUAUGAUGGAUAUGAUACCGAUGAAUUGAUGUUGGACACUGAAAAAGGGCUACUCGUUGUUGCUGAGAAUGACGGAGUUACUCAAGAUGAUGAUAUCUAUGAUUAUUCAAAUUAUGUUGAUUAG